UGGUGCGUCCUUUUCUUUUCGUCUGGCUCGUCUGCCUCUCCGUGGGAUUUCCCCAUUCAAGCCUGGGAGCGUUCCUCUUUGCGAGAAAGAAUAUGCUUCCCUUCAAAUUAAAAGCUUCUACACGACGUGGUGGCGGACACGGUGGAUAUGCGUGUGCCUUUCUAGCGGCGGUGCCAUUUCGGGAUCAAACGUGGGUGUAACGGCCGCGGAUCGCCUUCGAGACGUCGGUAAAGCGGGCAACUUCAGGAUGAGUCGAAGGGGGCCCGGGGGGCCGCGGAAGGCCGGCGAGAGCCGCCCUGAACAGGGGGUCUCGUCGCCGCCCCCAACGCCGACCUCUUCGUCGUCGACCCGGUUCGAGGGCAUGGACCGCAAGUCGCUCACGGACUCCGUCGAAGACCCCGGCUACAUCUCGAUGAGCGGCUCCAUCGCGACCGAGACCGACAUCUCCAAGUCGACGUGCAGCAUGAUGGACUCGGGGCUGAUUGAGGAGGAACCGCCCCAACCUAGCCACCGCCAUCAUCAGCAGCAGCAGGGCCACCCGAGCAGUUCCGAGGGCAAGGUGGCAUCGUCCUCCAAGCUGGACAGCGGCUACAUCGACGCAGAGCCACCCAGCUGGGAGUCGCGGCUGCUGCAGGCGCCCCUGACGCCCAGGGAGAUCUAUGCGCAGGACGACGACGGGGACACCCUCCUCCACAUUGCGUGCAUGGAGGGAUGGAAGCAGCUCCUGUUCAAGCUCAUCCAAAGCACCCCAAACCCAGACCUGCUGGAUCUGAGGAACGACCUCGGACAGACGGCCCUGCACGUGGCGUCACUGUGCGGCCGUUUCGACGAGGCCCGGUUCCUGCUGGUGGCCGGGGCCACGGUGGACGCGAGGGACCGGGCGGGCUGCACUCCGCUGCACGUGGCCUGCAAGAAAGGGGACCUCAGGGUCGCCUCAGACCUCCUCAGCCCCGUCACGCAGAAGGAGGUGGAGUUCCUGAAGCUGCGCUACCAGGUGGCCGUGGACAACGGGUCCCUGGACGUGGGGCGCCUGCUGCUGCAGCGGACGUACGCGGGGGACACGGCGCUCCACCUGGCGGUGCGCUCCGGCUCUAGGGCCCUGGUCGAGAAGCUGCUGCAAGAGCACACCGCAGACCCCAACGUUCGGGAGCACUACUGUGGCGCCACGCCCCUGCACCUGGCGUGCCGCCUGGAGCGUCCGGACCUGGCGGAGUGCCUGCUUGCCACGGGGCGGGUGCAGGUCAACGCGGAGGACUACGGGCGCCGCACCGCGCUGGGACGCGCCUGGGACGCCCACCGCAACUGCCCCAGCAGCAAGGCCCUGCUGCGGCUGGUGCUCUUGCUGCGGAAGCACGGCGGACGGCCCCUGCAGGACCCUGGUUCGGAGGACUCCGACUCCGAGGAGGACUCCCAAGAGGAGUCCGAAGAGGAGGAGGUGGGAGAGGGCUACCAGAACGAAGGGAACAGUUUGAGUUUGGGUCCUCUCACGCGCGGCACCUACCUGGUGAACGACGUCGGCUGCACGUAGGGGCGCAACCAGUUCCCCCCCCUCUCUUCUCAGUCAUCACCGUUAGCCUCACCGUUGUUUGUUGUUGCGGACUUGUCUCGAUCAGCCCCGUUUUAUAAUGAAAAGGAAAGUGUGUCUUUGUUCGAUGCGGAACCGUUUCUCGCACCCUAGGGCCGCCUCUUCGUUUUCCCGUGGUUUGCAUUAGGCGAGGCUCGAAGACUCGAUGGUGGUGCCCACUUCCCACCGCCAAAGCGUCGAAAACAAAUUUUUUUUAUUUUUUCCAGGAGCGUUGAUUUUUAGGAGUAAAAUUAGUUGGAUUGAUAGGUGACGAAUGCUGCCCUCCCGCAAAUGGCAGACACGUGCGUAAACCGUUUUGUCGGAUUAACAAAGGUGUCCUUAAAUUUCGCUUCAAUCAAUUUGAGGGCAUGAAAGCCACGGAAGCUUUUGUCGAUCUGGCGAAGACAGCUUCGUUAAAAGGACCGAAGAUUCGUGAAAAUCGAGUCGUGCGGUCGCCGCAUCUAGAAGAUGGAAGAACACUCGUACCUUGCUCCGUCGCCGCUGUUCCCCGUAUCUAUGGGCAGCCGCGACCGGAGCAUCUUUACCUGAGGAGUGGGAGACGUGUACAUAGUAGUUAUUUUCAUAGUGCGCUUUAACUUUUUAAACUCGUACAACCUGUAGGACGGGAGAGAUUGAGCACCUUUGGACCAUGCUCGACCCUCCUGGAAGUUGCGUGUCGUCCUUCCCGCGGGCGUGAGAUCGUUUCGUUGCAGUUGCACGCAACAUUAUUUAUUGACAGCUUCGCAAAGCAUGGUUCCGACCCCCUUUUUUUUUUUCUUUUUUGUCUGUCUGCCGUGGAUUUCUUGUGCUCUUUCCUUUUUUUUUUUUUUUUUCGGGUUUGGCGACAUUGACUGUCUCGUCCACUGCGCACUUACCGCCGACAUGCUCAUGAGGAUAGGAAAAAGAGUUAAUCAUCCUUCGUGGGUGGAUGUUCCCGUAGUAAUAGCGCGGGCGAGCAUUACUGCGUACAAAAUGGUGCGCGGCAUUUGUGCGAGGCAGACGUUGCCAGAUCCUAUCGGGCAAGGUUUGCGUCACUGAAAGAUCUACGCAUCGAUUUUCUUUCUUUUAGCGACGUAGUGCUUAGAAUGAACUCACAAAACACGACUUGUCGCGCGAGAAAUUUCAUCUCGCUGUCCCUUAAAAUUAAGUACAGAUCUGACGAAAACUUGGGGGGCAUGUAGACUUGCGAAGCAUCGAAUAGCUACGGCAGUGGGACAAACACUCCGAAGCGAACGCUUAUAAACUCUCGGCUAGAGAAGUUUGCUGUGUACAUGCACCUGCUUUGCACCUCUACCCGGCAGACAUAUUUCAUAAUUUCGUUCGCUUACCUCGAAGCAGAUUGUUUGCUGCGUAUUUGGUUUGAAUGCGGUGGCACCUGUUUGUAAAGGGUGAGGGCAUGCCUAUAUUUCCGUGCGAGUGUGUUUUGCGUGUGCAAGCAUAUGUGGGAUGGAUGAAUGCUGCACCCUUUCUGUUUGAGGCAUGAAGAUGUCGUAAUCAUCCUUCACUGAUUGUUGCGUGCGAGGAAUCCAGAGUUAGAAAUGUAAUCGGGACGCUAAAGAGAGCCUUAGGCUGUUCCUAAAACUGGCGCAAAUUGACUGACCUGCGAUCAAAGGGAGAAUCCAAAAGCUAGGUUUGCGUCCACAUGGUGCAAUUGGCUCAAGUUUCGACGACAUCUUUGGUUUGUCGACAUUAAUAAUGUGAAAAUUUACGAAUCAUUCGAUGUAUCACUUGCAAGUACAAUGGUGGCCAAGGGUGACCUUUACGAGGCUACGUAUGUUCCUCGCACGUCCCGCACUGUGGAGCGACGUUUUUUCUGGCAUUGUGCAACUGUGUGGGGGUGUAUGUUUGGGGCUUUUGUUUUUACUUUCCCGCAUUGUUUCGUGAAACCGUGCCGCGUGGUGAAAUCUUCGAUGAAAAACGACCGAACGACACUGCCUGAGAAUUCCUCGAAAAGGGAAGAUGAUCUAAAACCAGCCGAGACUGCCGAGAAGAAAAUGUACAUAGCUCGUAUGAAAAUCUUUUAACAACGUAAAUUAAGAAAAAAAAAACACAAAAAAAACCCAGGAUGAAAUAAAAACUUCAGAAGUGGAAAUGCGGGGAGGGGUGGGUGAAAACAUGGGGAGAGUCUAUAUUGUAUACAUAAAAGCCCUAAAAACGUAUAAAAAAAAAAAAGCUGUUAUGUUCUGCGUGUUCAGCACUCGUUACGACAAAACAAACUGGUUUGGGUCCUCUUUAAUGGGCGUCGGGGGCGAACUUAAGCAGACAAAAACGUGUUGCUUUGCGAAACUUAUUUCUUUUUUUUUUUCUUUGAUGCUGGUGUUCCCUGUUUGUGCUGAUUCUGUCGGGAACUGUGCAGGUUUAUACUUGUUUGUCGACAGUGUCCGAGGGCGCGAUGUUUCAUGACAAACCAGCGUUUUGUGUUCAUAACCGAGAUCUUGAAGGUUUUUACCAAAAAAAAAAAAGAAGAAUGCCGUGUCAAGAAAUUCUCCUCUGGCGUCCCGCAAGUCGGGGUCCGUAGGAAUCUCUUGCGUCUCGUUUCGACGACGGAAGGCGGACGCUCGAACGCUUCCCUAGACUAGGGGGCACAUUCGACCUCCGUGGCGUGUGCGCCGCAUUUUCGUUGCGUAGCGCCCACCAUUUGUGUAAAUAUGACGGGAUGGCAAGGUUGAGAGCGCGCUUCAUGGAAAGCUACGCUGUGCUUGGAUUAUCGGUGUUUUUAGUGUUUUCUUUACGUCUGUUGUUGGAGUUGUUUGCUCUCGACUGGCGGGACGGAACGGCGACCCGCAUCUCGGUGGAUUGUCUCGCAAAAAAGCUGGAGGGCGCCCCACCAAAAUUUUGCUCGUUCGCCGUUGACAGCUACUCGCUGCCGUCACCCAGAUUCGCUACGGAUUCAGAGUCGUUCAAAACGGGUCAGUUUAGGGGCCGCCUCGGCAAAGAGUAUGACAUGGGAAAGGAUUUGCAACGUAACCAGUGGCGUUUGUUUCGUCGUGCCGGUUUUCAUCGCAGGCAAGAGUGGUUUCUUUGCUGGCACGGGGUAUGGGUGGUCUCUCGGUACUGUGCAGUCCACUUGUAACGAUAAUGAAAAAAACCUCGAGAAUUCAAUCGUUAUAACCGAUUAUGGUUGUAUCUGGAGUAGAAACUGAGCUCUUGUAGUCUAGAAACUCUAAACACUGAUCGUCAUAUCUAGUAUCUUUAAAAGUGGAUUGCGCUGUAUUGCGUUUACCUUUGUCGUGCCCUAACCAUGCAUUUCAUUGGCGACAGAAGGUUUAGUAUUGCACGAAGCUAAUUGGCAAUUCAAACAUACUUCUGUUUAAAACCAGGUGGAGCAAUGCUGUUCUCUAUGGGAUAAAAGCUUUAGGAAUCUUUUUGAUGAACCUGUCUCCUCGAGAAAAGUGGUCGACCAAACUUCUUGCAAGACUGGUCGCAACGAAACUAGCUUUGGCAAAACUGGGAAAUUGGUUCUGCCGAAACUGAUCACAGCAGAAGCAGUUGCUUGAAGGUGACCGUAACGAAACCGAUUCUGGUGAAACUAGAUUCAACAAAUUUUAUGAAAGCGUAAUGAUGAAACAGAUUUUUGUAAAAUCAAUUUGUGUCGAAUCACGAGCCCUUGGUCAUUUGGUCCUGCGACGGAAUCUGCAUGGACGAAACAAUCGGACCUGAUGCAACCGGCACGGCUGAGCUAGCUCUUUGUAAGUAGAUCUACUGACAUGGCUCUUGGUUGUCAUUCAUGUUGGGGCAUGUUGCGUCUUUGGGAGGGGCAUGUGGAAGGGUGUGUUCUGUACCAUAGUUCCAAUUGUUACAUCUCGUGUCUGUACAUAUGAAUGGCUUGGACGAUGCAUGGAUGGAUUCAACAUUGUCUCGAAAGAUCAAAUGGUUUAGCGCGAUGUACAAGGGGCACUUCAUUGCUUGAGGACAGCAGAAGGCAAACAACCAAGCGGUACAAAACAAGCCCCGUUGUUCACAUUGUUGUUGUAGAUGCAUAUUUAAGUUUGUAGCGUCCCGACGACGCGAACCAAUUUUCCUGUACAUAUUUUGUGGUGCGACCAGUGGCGUUAACGUUGUCUAGUGCUGUUCUUGGUAUUCUCAUUGAUGUACACGUUGGCGUGGUUAUGUUGUCGCAAAGAUUGGAUGUACGCGAAAAAGGUUUUGCUUUCGGUUUUGUAGAAGCACCUCUGUACAUUGCAUUGCCUAUUAAAUUGGAGAUGAGCUCUGUG